AUGUCUCUACCCGCUGAUCCUUGGAGAGGUGCAGCAGUUCGCAUAAGUUCUCCACCAGUGAGGUUGCUUCCUGGUCGACUGGCUUCCAGAAGGGAUGACGGUGGUGCUUGUGGUGGUUUUGGUGGGGGAAGUGUUAGUGGAAGCGAUGCUGGUGGAGGUAGAGAUGAUCUUGGUAGUAUUAAUGGUGGUGGUGGUAAAGGAGAUGUUGGCGACGGGAAUGCUGACUGUGGUGGUGGUGGUACAUGUAGCGGAAGGGAUGACGGUGGUGAUGGUGGUGGUUUUGGUGGGGGCAGUGUUAGUGGAAGCGAUGCUCGUGGAGGUAGAGAUGAUCUUGGUAGUAGUAGUGGUGGUGGUGGUAAAGGAGAUGUUGGCGACGGGAAUGCUGACUGUGGUGGUGGUGGUGGUACAGAUAGCGGUACUGGUGGAAGGGUGAUGUUGGAGGUAUGA